AUGGGUAUUCCAUCCUCUCUACCCACAAACCCUAACCCCAGCCCCAGUCCGCCGCUACCUCAGUCACCACCACCACAGACGCCGCCGCUCCCUCAAUCGCCACCAUCUCAGUCACCACCACUACCCCCAACCCAAAUACCACCUCUCAUUCUGCCAACUCCCCUCUCGCCGCAAACUGAACCGCAACAUGAAACAUCAAUUUUCAACACUCAUUCCCCAGAACCAAUGCCUGAGCCUGUGCCUACUCAAACGAAAACCAAAGGCAAAACUAAAAAGGAUGCAGAUAGACCUAAGAAAACCCCUGUCGGAAAACGUAAAAGAGUACCCUCUGUUCCUUUCGACCUAAACUCGCCACCUCAACCUUCCUCUGAACCAGUCAGCAAAAGGACUAGGUCCUCCUCGCAAAUUCCACCACCAGCGGUCCAAACACCGUUAUCUCAGUCGCCCUUAAAUUCUCCAGCAGCACUUGCGUCAUCUGCCGAUAAUAUAGAGGAGUUGCUGCCAGUUUCUGGUGAAUCAUAUAUAGAUAGCACAAUGUUGCUGCACAUGGAUGUUUGUGAGAAAGUAGGCCAUAUCUAUACUCUGUUACAGCAGCAUCCUGAAGCCACUGAAUACGAGUUCGCUCAGCCAGAACACGAGUCUGCUCGGCUAGCUUAUCCUCGUAAAGUUUCAUCUGCCCCUCAAUAUCGGAUAUAUAGUUCUGAGCGGAUGAAAUCUGGGAUCGAAGGGAAGACACUUCAUGACUCUUCUGCUCGACCUCCUUACUCAGGCGAGAGGUUGCCUAAAGGUCCAAGUGCCACCGGCGAUUAUCUUAAGUGGAGGACCGACAAGGACCAGGAACAUUUAGCUGAGGAUUCAACAAAAUUCGAAGACAGCAACUCUCGCCGGGACGUCUUAUCAGAGGAAGCUAGCAAUCAUUUGGCCGAUUCCCUACAAAAGUUGGAGGGCCAACAGCAUAUCCUCAAGAGAAAAUUAAGGAGGCUCAGGGAAGAGGCUAGGACCAAGAAGAUGGGGUUUGAAGAACAAGAGACACGGUGGGAAAAAGAAAGAAGUUCCCUCCAAGCUGUCAUGAAAGAAGUAGAAGUAUGGAAUAGCAAGCUUCAAGAGAAAAUGAAAUAUCAGGAUAUACUCAUAGAAGAGCAUAAACAAGAAAACAAAAAGAAGAGGCUUGAACUGAAGGAACAGGCACAGCUCAUUAACGACGUUCUGAAGGAAUGUGCCAAAGAAAGAAAGGAAAAAGAGAAGCAAGCUGCUCUUUAUCGAGAGCUGAAAGAGAACAUUUCAUUCCUGGCUCUCGGAUGCCACCGUAUCCUUUGUCCACAUCAGGACCCUAUUUAA